CAGUGAGGUUGAUUUGAGGUUUUAUAGUUUUAUUUCAGCUGGAAAGUUUUUCGGCCGUCAGAUUUACGAGUUUAUGACGAGCACCUGAAGGCAACAUUGCUUAAACCUGGAAGAGUUCGGACAGAUCCCGGACCUCCUGAAGACCUGGACCCAGACUGCAGAAUCCCUCUGAGCUGCUCUGACCUCUGACCUCUGACCUUUCAUCAUGACGUCCACAUCCAUCACCAAGAUCGGUGGAGUGGUGGUCGUCACUCAGGUCAUUCCUCAGGACGAAACCUCCAUCCCGCUCCAGGCCCCGCCCUCCACCACACAGGCCCCGCCCCCAGUCCCACGGGCCCCUUCCAGUGCGCCCGCCAAGAUGGACGACAUGACCGCCGCCUUCCUGCGGGGGCAGCCACAAGUCCUCGGGGUGGUUCAGAUCUUCAUCGGUGUGCUGUGUAUUCUGUUCAGUCUGACCGCCGCCUACUCCCAGAUUCUGAUGGUCCACGCUCCGCUGUGCCUCGCUGUCACUUUCGUGGUCUCCGGCUCUCUGGCGUUGGCGGCGGUGAGACGGACGUCAGUCUGUCUGGUCUUGGCGUCUCUGGUGUGGAACCUGAUCAGUGUCGUGGUUGGCCUGGGGGGCGUGGCCUAUCUCUGCUGGCUGCUGGCUGAUCGCCCCCCCUCAGAACGGUUCUGUGACGCCGAAACCGUCGGGAGGUUCGUGCUCACCGACAAAGAGAAGAUUGAAUGCAUCAGUAAGAUGUGGAUGAUGAAUGCCUCUGUGUACGGACCUCUCGGCCUCCUCCUGGUUCUGCUCGUCCUGCAGGUCUGCGCCGCCGUCACUGUCUGUGUGUUCUCUGGUAAAUCCCUCAGACGCCGCGACCGCUACACCCCCAUUGUGGUGGAGGUAGAAGAUGGCAGUGCAGCGUCAGCUCACGACAGCGACGUCGCCCUGUUGGGUAGCGAGUAAACCGCCACAUCCCCUCCCAGCUCACCGUGAGAGGGAGGACAACAUUUCUGAACACUUCUAGUACUACAGUAAUUCUAUAGUAAUACUACAGUUAUACUACAGUAAUUCUACAGUAAUUCUACAGUGAUUCUACAGUAAUACUACAGUAAUACUACAGUAAUUCUACAGUGAUACUAUAGUGAUUCUACAGUAGUAAUACAGUCAUAAUACUUUAAUACUAUCAUACUCUGCCUGUCAUUCUACUGUGUAUAAUCCGUCUAUAAUCAGUUUCUGUUGCUGGCUCUCAGUACUCAUUGUGUUGCAUUGUGGGUCAUUUAAGGGUUAAUCUUCUGAAGUUGUGAUGGGGUUUAAAUGUGGAGCACUCGAUACUGACUCUAGAUGAAGAGGUAAUCAAACAGCAGAUUGUAAUGACACUAAAAGUAAGACCUGUUUCUCACCAGUUGCCUGUUUGUUCCUCAGAAAGGCAAAGUGAAAUAUGAAGAAGCCAUCUUGGAUUCUGGGUGAUAUUGAGAGCAUGUGUGCUUCAGUACAGGGUUGGAGUCACUAACGGAGGGUGUUCACAUACACAAUCACAUCCUGCAAACAGCUGCUGAUAGAUCAUACAGCAUAGCUUUAAUGGUGGUGGGGAAACAGUCGUAUCAUUGCAUUUUACUUUUGCUGACUCAUUUAAACACCUGUGUAUGCUUUAAUAUUCUGUUUUCACCUGAAAGGUACAAAUAUGUCAGAGUGCACUAUUAAAGACAUAAAUAUGUAAAUGUUCCAGAAACAGAGCCGUUUACUCUGAGGGGAUUCUGUGUUGGUUGUUUGUUGUCUCUUUGUAAACAACAGUUAAUCAAUAAAUUGAUUUGGUUCCA